GGGGUUGUCAGAACAUCGUCCUGGCUAAAGAAGGACAGGCCCUGGGCUCACAUACAGGGUGUAUUCCUGGAAACUGAAAGGGCUUUAUGGAUAGCAGGCAGCACAAUUACUGUCUAGAAGAGGAUCAGAUCCCGGGCGACAUUUCCCAGUGAAGAGAGAUGACCUUCACCCACUCUGGGCUCUAGGCUAGUGGACCAGUCAGUGAAGAGUAUCUUGUGACCUGGCAGAAAAGCAAGGAGUUGAGGGGGUGUUGAAUGUGCUGGGAGGGCUAGAGGGGCUCUCCUAGUUGUUUCCAGCUCUCUGACUGCCGCUGCCUUAUCUCUAGCUUGCAGGGCCUCCGAGGGGCGGCCCUGAAAAAUGCCUGCUGGCAGUAUCUCAUCCUCCCCAGACUUGUUUGGGGUUAGAUUUAGAUUCUGUUAAUGGGACGGACUGCUGUGGCCUUUCAGAGUUUAAGGCGAAAGGGCCUGCUUUGAGCUGAACUGAGGUUUGUUCUUCUGAGAAGGACUGAUGGGGGUCUGGCUGAGCCCAGGAGCUGCACGGGAUGGUGGCAGUCACCUUGCCAGUGCAGCGGGCAUGGACCAGACUGCAACCUAGAAGAGCAAGGCAUCAGUCAAGAAGAGGAAAUACACAGCUAGGCUUCAGGCCUCUUUUUCGGGAUGUCCCCAGGCCCCCCAGCCCAGGCCCAGCAUAAAGGCUGUGUGGGGGGGCCCCCCUGACCCAAGGGGGAGCUUCAUGCGCCACGUGCAGGCGGAGCCGUCUCCAUCCUCAGAGCCAGAGGCUGGCCCUUCGCAGCCCGCAGCCAGGCAGGGGGUCCUCCAGGGUGGCCUUUUCAUGGGCUACAGCCCGGCAGGGGGGGCAGUGUCCCCCGGGGUCUACCAGGUAUCCAUCUUUUCCCCUCCAUCUGGUGCCUCCGAACCUCACAGGGUCCUGAAGCGGCCAGCCCCACCCACCGAGGGCCCCCGGGAGCUGAAGCGAGGCCCAGGGCUGGGGGCCAGAGAGGGACUCCCCCCUGAAGACCCACCUACCACAGGGCUCUUGGGGCCAGAGGGACUGGGGCCGGGACUGGGCGUGGCCAGCCAACAUUUCUGCCAUCACGGCCUCUGUGUUGUGGAACAGGGAGGCAGCACCACCUCACCUUGGACUUCCGGGUUUCAGAGUCCCCUCUGGCCCCCAUCAAAUGCUUCCUGCGAUACUUUGCACACCAGAGACUGGGCUGCCCCAGAUCCAGGGGGACAAGGAUCGCUGGGGGAGUGCCCAGGGCCAGCCCCUCCCGGCCAGCUGCACACACUUGACACUGAUUUGCACCGUCUUGCACAAAUAGGGGGCAAGAGCCCAGUAGCCGGGGUGGGCAAUGGGGGCAGCCCCUGGCCUAGGGAAUCCCCUGGCACUGCCAAUGGGCACAGUCCCGAGCACACACCCCCUGGCCCUGGACCUCCAGGCCCCUGCCCCACCAAGCGAAGGCUGCUUCCUGCUGGAGAAACCUUGGAUGCCAGCUCUGAGGAUGAGGGGCCAGCCCCUCGGAGGCGCCGGGGAUCCCUGGGCCAACCUCCUGCUGCCAACAGUUCUGAUGCCAAAGCCACACCCUUCUGGAGUCACCUGCUGCCUGGGCCCAAAGAGCCUGUGCUGGACCCAGCAGACUGCAGUCCCAUGGGGCGGAGGCUGAAAGGUGCCCGUCGCCUGAAGCUGAGCUCUCUUCGAAGCCUCCGGAAGGGGCCAGGCCUGCUGAGCUCCCCCAGUGCCUCCCCUGUUCCUACCCCCGCCGUCAGCCGUACCCUGUUGGGCAACUUUGAGGAAUCACUGCUGCGAGGACGCUUUGCACCAUCCGGCCACAUUGAGGGCUUCACAGCAGAGAUUGGAGCCAGUGGAUCCUACUGCCCCCAGCAUGUCACGCUGCCUGUCACUGUCACCUUCUUUGAUGUUUCUGAGCAAAAUGCCCCGGCCCCCUUCCUGGGCGUCGUGGAUCUGAACCCACUGGGGAGGAAGGGUUACAGCGUGCCCAAGAUGGGUACCAUCCAAGUGACCUUAUUUAACCCCAACCAGACUGUGGUGAAGAUGUUCCUCGUGACCUUUGACUUCUCGGACAUGCCUGCUGCCCACAUGACCUUCCUGCGCCAUCGCCUCUUUUUGGUGCCUGUGGGUGAGGAGGGAAAUGCUAACCCCACCCGCCGCCUCCUCUGUUACUUGCUGCACCUCAGGUUCCGAAGCUCCCGCUCAGGCCGCUUAAGCCUACAUGGAGACAUCCGCCUGCUUUUUUCCCGUCGGAGCCUGGAACUGGACACAGGGCUCCCCUACGAACUGCAGGCUGUAACAGAGGCCCCUCACAAUCCACGUUAUUCACCUUUGCCCUGAUUGCCAGUGCCCUGAACUCCUAUGGGUCAGGGACCUGCCCAUCUGCUCAUCCUGGACAGAGAGAUCAUGUGGAUCAAAGGCGAGAGACUCUCCUGGCUUGAAGUAAAGCCCUCGCCAUGCUCAUGACCAAAUUGGUUAUUUGGGUGUUUCCAGCUUCAGAUCCUUGCCACACUCUGCCCUAUUCUGAGUACUUCACGUGCCUGCCCCCCUCCUUGGAUUUACCAGGCCAGCUUAGAUAGUGGGGAGAAAGGAACCAGAGCUACCCUGAUUGUCCCAAGUUCCCAGGCAAGUCAUGCCAGCGUUGCCUCCCUGUCCUGGGCAGGGGCCACUUAUUAUUUUAUUUAUUUUUAAUUUAUAAUUUAUUCCAAUUGGAUUGCCUUGGUGACCACCCAAACCUGAAAAUUGCCAUUGCCCCCCCUCCUUUCCCACUCUCAGAUACUGCUCCGCCCUCAGGGGCUGAAUAGGCUGAGGUGAUAGCUGUGGGAGAACUGGUCUCCCUCAGCUGAUGGCAGAGAGGUUAUUCCAGAAGGACUGAGUCGCUAGCCAAAGACUCAGCCUCCCCUGUCCUUCCUAGUCUUUUCAUGUUCACCACCUUCUGACCCCUCUCUGAAAACCAACUUAUAUGUGUGUGCACAGGCAUAUACAUAUAUACAGCCUCUGUGUGUAUGAUAUGUGUGUGUGUGUGUGUGUGUGUGGUGUUGGUGUGAGUGAGAAAGAAUAAUGUGUGCACAUACAUCUUGAGUGUUAACCACCCUUCAUCUCGGGCUUCAGACCCCACUGUCCUUCUCCUCCUGCCUCUGACUCCUUACUUUGGGGUCCUGACUGAGGAAGGUGUUCAGGGGGCAGAGUCAGGGCCAUGGACUGGGGUGCCUCCUCUCACCCGGCCAGACUCUGACCCAACCUACCUCAGCUGGGGUGAGGGGUACCCCUCAAACUCAGACAUGUGGUUCCCAACUAUCCUACUCCCCACUCCACACUCUAAUCAAGCCUUAGCCCUGACUCUUGGGACUGGGCUGAGGGGAACAAGCAUUUGCUGAAACUUGAAAAAGAAAAAAAAAACACACAGGAAAAAUUGUACCUGGUACUUUUUUUUUUUUUAGGGAAAAAAAAAGAAUAAAUUCUUGUUUGGAAA